AUGGAUGCCGUGGUCGAUGGUCAGUUAUCCAGUGCCAGUUCAAGUUCUGAGCCACCUAGUUCUUUGUCGGAAAACGUGGAACAACUUCCUUUGCUUGACAAGGAGAGAUACGUGAACAAGCUGGGGAACAUUGGAACAUGCAAUCCAUACCUCAUCCCCGCAUCAUGCUGCACACCGUUGUUGAAAUCCAACUUGCUACCAAAGCUAGAAUUUCCAGAUAUUUAUAAGUACCUCAUAAACUUCCCUUCGUCUUACACGGGGGAAGCCAUGAAGGCUUACAAAAGUCUAGACGGAUACAAGUAUUUCAUUGCUGGUAAAGUAAAUCACUUACUUGUGUGGCACCAGCCAAUGAAACGUGACCCAACUACCUCUGUUUUUGUGAUUUUGUCAAAGGUACACCAUUCACAGAGACUCAAUGACCCCCCUGUCAAGGUAUGGGUGGCUAUCCAAGAGGAUGGAGUUGUGAUCACUGCGCAUUGCACAUGCAUGGCAGGAGUAACGGAGGUAUGCUCUCAUGUAGCGGCAACUCUGUUUGCUGUGUCAAAAGGUGUGGAAAUGAGCACAACUACUUGCACAUCCAAACCAUGUACGUGGAUUAAGCCAGCAAAGAGUAGAUCUAGCGGUGACGACAUGUAUGCGGAAGCAAGCAACAUCAACUUCAGCAAACCCAAAAGGAGAAUGACUGAAACCCCAACCACUUUGCCAAAGAGCUCCUGCAAAUCUAGAUCUGUACCCCCGCCAUCUAAAGACGAAACAGACAACUUUUUCCAACAGCUUAAAGGGACAGGUGUACCAUCUGCAAUACUGUCACUUGUGCCUGCAUAUGCUGCAGAUUUCAUCCCAAAAGCUCUGCAAUUGAAACUUCCUGAGCCACUGACAAAACUCUACUGUGCAGAAAACCUCAAGGUGUCGUAUCCCCAACUACUCACCAAAUGUGGAGCU